UAAUGGCCGUGUUAAAACCAGACAGAAGUACCCAUUCUCCCGGGAUAUGGCUGCUUUUCGUGUCAAUAUCACAGUACAUAAUAGCGGAGACUGUAAAGUAGGAAUAACACUGACAUUUGGCAGCUGAAGGAAGCUGUAAACAGCGGAAUGAAGGCUCGAAACUCAGCAAAGGACUUCACCGCAGCUCUUGGCAUGAGUGUGCAAAUUAAAAGAAAAGGCGUUGCCAAUAUGGUGUUGUGCCUACCCACAAUGAUGGAGAAUAGGAUUGACAUCGAAAAAUUAAUCAGUGAGGUCCAUGCCCGACCAGCAAUAUGCGAUAUGACGCAUGGUGAUUAUAUGGACAAAACAAAAAGGAAAAUCUCUUGGGAAAAAAUUGUGAAUAAAUUUGCGGAACAGGACACGGCUAUAGAAGAGAAAAAGACAUUAGGGGAAGUAUUACACGAGAAGCGGAAAAACGUGAGAGACAGAUAUACCAGAGAAAUACAGGCAAGAAAAGGGAAAUCUGGUUGUGCUGCUGGGAAGAAAACACCAUACACGUACGUGGAACAACUGUGUUCUUUACAGGAUACUGUAUUACCGCGCGAAACUACCAGUUCCUUACAUCUGGCAGUAGGUGAAGUUAGAGGUAACAAUUCGGGACCUUCGAGUGAAGCUGAAACUCAUAUUGAAACAGUUUCUUCACGAAAUCAGCAUUUAGGGACAAACAGGAAACUUCAUCCAGUCGAGGCAAAGAUCCUCCAAGCUCUGGAGAGCAAUAAAGAAAGCAGAAAGAGAAUGGAAAAAAAAACUGAAGAUGAUAAUCGUCAUUUCUUGUUAUCACGCCUUGCCAGUUUGAAAGCUUUACCGAGAGCUUUAAAUAUGAAAGCCAGAGUGGACAUAAUGCAGUGCAUUAGGAAAUAUGAAAUGUCUCAUGACCAUUCUCAACAUCAGCGGCAACAAUAUCUUACAGUGAACGCGCAAAGAAAUCAGAUGCAGCACCACAGCAGGAAAACUUCGCAUUGAAUUUUCUGGUUCAAUCACCACCACCACAGCAACAACAACAACAGUCAAGUUUUCAUCAACAGCAAAUUCUUUCCGGUUACUCACCACAACAACAGAUUUAUUCUUUGGAUUCGUCUCUUCCUGCGCACCAGAAGAAACAACAAUACCAUAGUGGUAAUCAAUCAUUGCUUGAAAUAGUCUCCAUCACAAUUUCGUUCACAAUAGUAGCAGCUCCAUCUCCAGCAGAUUCCGUGGAUACGUAUGUGUCGAGUUUCAGUCCAGAAGGAGAACACUCAGAUACCAGUCUUUUUUAAAUGUUUCGUGUGAAAUGCUAGAUACUUAUGAUACUUUCUAAAUACUUACCUGAGAG